UUACCUCAGCGCGGGCGACGGAGGAGGAGGAGGAGGCGGGCCUCUUGUUCUCCUCAGCGAGCAUCCCUCGGCGAGCGGCGGGCUCGCGCGCCUCACGUGACACAACAGAAAAUCAUCUACGAAAUACACAAAAAUGAGUCAUUUGCGGCUGAUUGCUGCUACCCUGAAACAUCGUGGCGUUUGUUCGUUGAUGAAGAAAAAUGUAAACAAAAAAGAAUUUCUGCCAAGUCGGAGUUAUGUUUCACCGGGAGCCACAGAACCAUUCUUGAGUGGAAGUAAUUCAAAUUACGUUGAGGAAAUGUAUUAUGCUUGGCUUGACAAUCCAAAAAGUGUGCAUAAGUCAUGGGAUUUAUUUUUCCGAAAUGCUACUGCUGGAGCCCUUCCUGGACAAGCCUUUCAAACUCCUUUACCAGACCUUUCAGGAAGCAAAACAUCACUUGUCCAAAGUCAUGGACUGACAAAGUCACCUGCGAAAGCUGAGAAACUAGUCGAGGAUCAUCUGGCUGUGCAGUCAUUGAUCCGAGCGUAUCAGAUCCGUGGACACCAUGUGGCUCAGUUGGAUCCUUUAGGAAUCUUGGAUGCCGACCUGGAUUCAUUCAUCCCCUCAGAUUUAAUCACUACUAUAGAUAAACUAGGGUUUUAUGGCUUAUAUGAAUCUGACUUGGACAAAGUGUUCCAGUUGCCCACAACCACCUUCAUUGGAGGAAAUGAGACCAUGCUUUCCUUACGAGAAAUCAUCAAACGGUUGGAGAACACAUAUUGUCAACACAUUGGGCUGGAAUUUAUGUUUAUUAAUGAUGUGGAACAGUGUGAUUGGAUCCGGCAGAAGUUUGAGACUCCAGGUGUCAUGAAAUUCAGCAAUGAUGAAAAACGGACGUUGUUGGCUAGAUUGGUGCGGUCAACAAGAUUUGAGGAUUUCCUUGCUCGGAAAUGGUCAUCAGAAAAACGCUUUGGUUUGGAAGGAUGUGAAGUCAUGAUCCCAGCUCUGAAAACCAUUAUUGACAAAUCUAGUGAAAUGGGAAUUGAGUAUGUUAUAUUGGGCAUGCCUCACAGGGGAAGGCUGAAUGUGCUGGCCAAUGUUAUCCGAAAGGAUCUAGAACAGAUCUUUUGUCAGUUUGACCCAAAGCUCGAAGCAGCUGAUGAGGGAUCUGGGGAUGUAAAAUAUCACCUGGGAAUGUACCAUGAGAGGAUCAACCGAGCAACAAACAAAAAGAUCACCCUAUCACUUGUGGCUAACCCAUCUCAUUUGGAAGCAGUGGAUCCUGUCGUACAAGGGAAGACCAAAGCUGAGCAGUUUUACCGAGGGGAUACUGAAGGGAAGAAGGUUAUGUCUAUACUUUUACAUGGCGAUGCUGCCUUUGCUGGGCAAGGAGUUGUUUAUGAAACUUUUCAUCUUAGUGAUCUUCCAUCAUAUACCACCAAUGGCACCAUUCAUGUUGUGGUCAACAAUCAGAUUGGCUUUACUACUGAUCCACGAAUGGCUCGCUCAUCGCCAUAUCCAACUGAUGUUGCUCGUGUGGUCAACGCGCCUAUCUUCCAUGUCAAUGCUGAUGAUCCUGAAGCAGUGAUGUAUGUCUGCAACGUAGCUGCAGAUUGGAGAAACACUUUUAAUAAAGAUGUGGUUAUUGAUCUGGUUUGUUACCGAAGACGGGGCCACAAUGAAAUGGAUGAGCCCAUGUUCACCCAGCCUUUGAUGUACAAGCAGAUUCACAAGCAGGUGCCUGUGCUGAAGAAGUAUGCCGACAAGCUAAUAGCUGAUGGAACUGUGACGCUGCAGGAGUUUGAGGAAGAAAUUGCAAAGUACGAUAAGAUUUGUGAGGAAGCUUAUUCUCGAUCCAAAGACAAUAAAAUCCUACACAUUAAGCACUGGCUUGAUUCACCUUGGCCAGGUUUUUUUAAUGUGGACGGAGAACCAAAAAGCAUGACUUGCCCUCCAACUGGAAUUCCUGAAGAUAUGCUGAUUCAUAUUGGAAAUGUAGCCAGCUCUGUGCCUUUGGAAGGAUUUAAAAUACAUGGAGGACUUUCUCGGAUUUUGAGAAGUCGACUGGAAAUGACAAAGAACCGAGUUGUCGACUGGGCCUUGGGGGAAUACAUGGCUUUUGGGUCUUUGUUGAAGGAAGGUAUCCAUGUCCGACUAAGUGGGCAGGAUGUAGAAAGGGGCACUUUCAGCCAUCGCCACCAUGUACUCCAUGAUCAAGAUGUUGACAAGGGGACCUGUGUUCCUAUGAAUCAUCUGUGGGAGCAGCAAGCCCCUUACACCGUAUGCAAUAGCUCCCUUUCAGAAUAUGGGGUCUUGGGUUUUGAACUUGGCUUUGCUAUGUCAAGUCCCAAUGCCCUCGUGUGCUGGGAGGCUCAGUUUGGUGACUUCCACAAUACAGCACAGUGCAUCAUUGAUCAAUUUAUCAGCUCGGGACAGGCUAAAUGGGUUCGUCACAAUGGGAUUGUCCUGCUUUUGCCUCAUGGAAUGGAAGGAAUGGGCCCAGAGCAUUCUUCAGCCAGGCCAGAGAGAUUCCUUCAGAUGUGUAAUGAUGAUCCUGAUGUCUUUCCAGAAUUUGAAGAUGAUUUUGCUGUUUCCCAACUCUAUGAAUGCAACUGGAUUGUGGUGAACUGUUCAACUCCAGCCAGUUACUUCCAUGUCCUCCGAAGGCAGCUCUUGUUGCCAUUUAGGAAACCUCUGAUUAUUUUCACACCAAAGUCCUUGCUGAGACAUCCUGAAGCAAAAUCCAGCUUUGAUGAAAUGGUGUCAGGUACCAGCUUCAGGCGUGUGAUCCCUGAAGAAGGACCUGCAGCUGAAGCUCCCGGGGAGGUCAAGCGGGUGAUUUUCUGUACUGGGAAGGUAUACUAUGAUCUUGUUAGAGAGAGAAAGAACCAGGAUUUGGAGAAGGAGGUGGCUAUAACCAGAUUGGAACAGAUCUCCCCUUUCCCUUUCGACUUGCUAAAAUCGGAAAUUGAGAAGUAUGCUAAAGCUGAUCUUGUCUGGUGUCAAGAAGAACACAAGAACAUAGGCUACUACGACUACGUCAAACCUCGUUUCCGCACCAUUGUGAAUCAUAUUCGACCCAUAUGGUAUGUCGGCCGUGAACCAGCUGCCGCUCCAGCAACUGGUAACAAGAACACGCAUCUCGUGUCACUCAGAAGGUUUUUGGACACAGCUUUCAACCUGGAGGCAUUUGAAGGAAAGAUGUUUUGAUUGUAACGUUGUGGCCCAUUAUCUCCGUAUGUAGUAUAGUGUGUAUGUAUUUAGGGAAGGCCAUGACCAUAACAUGAAAUAAAAUUCAGCAGGGAAAGACUUCUUGGGAUUUUUUUUGAGGUUGGCUUUUUCAAAGACCUAUUUUUAAGCUUGCCUCUUCUAAACCACUGUGUGUGUGUCAUAAAUGCUAAGGGUUCCUCUUAAUUCUCAUCCGGUUAAUGUGGUUCUGUUGAUUACAUCACAGCUACCUCUUGUUAGGGAGAUGGAAGAAACAAUUAUUUUGCUUUAAGUUUGGGAAUAUUCAAGAAAACUGGUGUGCAUAUUUUAAUGCGAUUUCCUAACACCAGUUACUAAUUUCUCUUUUACUGCAGGCUGUAUAAAUGGUCUCAUAUAGUUCAAAUGAGCAAUACAUUGCAGAUUCCACCCCACCCUGCCCCCAACCAUUCUUUGUUGAAUUCUCACAUAUCUGAAUGCAGCAAACAAUUUAGCAGGCUUGCUUUCCAUUUAGCCAUCAGAACUGGGACACGAAACACGUUUCCUCUCCCUGUUAAGUGCUGGGGGGAGUUAGUGAGAGCACGCAGGAACCCCAACAAGAGCUGCUGCUGUGCUUGCACUGGAGUCUGACAUAUUUCUUGUGUCAAAAAAUGUGAUCAUUGCCCUUCAAAGUUGGUGGGGCAAUUGCAGACACCAUUAUAGUUCGUGUUGAGAUCCCUGCUGCUCCUUCCUGAUUUACCCGGCAGUGGGGAAGUCUGCUUUGUUGUUUAAAAAUCACAAUGUAUGUUUUGAAUAAGUUACUGGGGGGAAACUGAGCAGAUCUGGCAUUAACUGGCUGUUUCUGAUCAACUCUGGGCAUUCUUGAAGCCCUGUACACUGCAGAAUAGUUGAAACUAUCAAUGCAGUGGAUAGGCGUAACAGCUGGGCUCUCUAAACUAGGGUUACAGUUCUGGUUUGCUUACUCUAACAGGAUCUAAAAUAUAUUGGAAUUUUGCUUUGCAUUAUUUAACUCUAAAUGGCAUUAGUUAACUAGCUAGGCUGUGAUCCUGUGCACAGUUACAUGGAACUGAGCAGCGUUGAGCACAAUAUAACUUCUCAGUGAACAUACUUAGGGUUGUGUUGUAAGUAGCCCCAAGGCACAGCAUUUUGAGCUUUUUUAUAAACAAGAAUUUUAAAGGGAAGAAGGAUGCUGUCUAAAUAAUAAUAGGUCUAUAUAUUUUGCUCUGUUUUUACAAGGAAGGCCAUCUCGGUAUAACUUGAAAUAUUUUCUGUCUCCUUUUGAGUGAUAAAUGCUCUUGUGGCUGGGAACGCACAAAUUUAGAGAACAGAAUUAACAUAGACAUAAAAAGUAGGAAAUGGCAGGCUUCCAUUUUCAUUGCUGUUUGCGGACUGUAGCAUUAUAUUUUAAAAAAUAAAUUCUAUCCAAGAAUGUGAAAAAUAAGCAGUGGAAUAUAAUGUCUGUUUUCUUUAUGGUUGUUUUUUGACAGCUUAUCCCCUGGGAAUUGGUAUUAGCAUCCCAUUCACAAAAAUGCUGGCAUCUUGCAGAUCUUCUUUCCUGUAUUUUUCUCUUCCUCUGUCUUCUCUAUAUUUUGACUUGGUCUGUAGAAUUUAAUACAGUGAAAGGAACUAGUCUGUUUGGGUACAGGUUUUUAAAGAAAUCUGUUCUAUUUUAUUUUUCCCAAAAAGUUGAUUACUGUUGCCACUGGUGAAAGAGAGGAUGAACUAAUUAGAACAUGUUAAGAAAACUGUUCAUACUUCUGGCAAACUCAAAACAAAGCUAGUUUCAUUCAUUUACCAAAACUAGUGAGCCAUUGUCUUUAUAUAUCCGUAACAGCAGCAAAGCUCUAAUUUCUCUAGAGAAAUUACAUGUUUUGAAAUCUUAGGUUACUUACUUCCCAUUAUAGAGAUCUCUAUCUUUACAUCACUUGGUGUAUAUUUCAUAAUUUACAAGUGUCAUUUACCUCAAAUCGGCCGACAAGUAUAAGGAGGUUUUCCCUAUGUAGCCCAUUUUUCUCCCAUAAAAUCACUCUGUGUUAGUGUGUCUCUUCUAGUAUUUUCAGAAAUUUUAUGAAAUUCACUGGCUUGCUUAUUAUUUUGCAUUGUGGCUUUCGUGCCUAAGACACCAUGAAUGAGUGAAAAAUAAAAUGUAUGCAGAAAAGA